CACAUCCGGGUGUUUAGGGUUCCCGAAUUGGCGACCCGUCGCCGUAAGUGUGACUUUAUUUUGCGCGAGUAUAAUUUGGGUGAAAACCCAUUAAAUCAUCCGUUUUCCACUUUUGGAGAGCGGUUAAUGCCUUGUGGGGCGCUACACUUCCCACGCUAAGGAAAAACUACGCUUUUCAAGGGGCGAGGCCCCGUUUUUUGGGCAACUGUUUUUUUUUGUGUGUGUGUUAGCACAAGUUCUUUUACUGAGACAUUCGGAUUGUGUCUCUUGUUUUUCUCUCGGGUUGUUUGUGGUCAAGAUGUCGCCGUAAUGGGGUCUCCGCGUUUGACAGAAAUGAAUAAGGGCCUCUGUCGCCUGACCCGCGUUUGCAACAACCCGUUGUUAUUCCCUUUUGCCCCGUUUAAUGCUAGAGAGCUCGGAGGCUCUCUUCCCACAGUUCGGCCUCAACAUGGAGAAAAAUCCAAAUACCAACAACAGCAGUAGCAAUACGAAGAUCCCGCCCCGCUCCGGCUCGACAGGCCCGACUCCUGCGGACUCUAAAACAAAAACAGAUGGCAAGAAUAAUGGGGGCUCAAAGCGCUAUAGCCGCAAGCGUGAGCCCACUUUUCCCAAGGCUGAGAGCUGUCCAGGCCCACGGCGUUCCCAGCCACACAAAAGCAAGAAUUUUGACAAGAGACCCCCUCAGAGAGGUGGCGGUGGGGGUCGACAGUAUGGACUCGCUGGUGGUGGGAGAAGAGAAGAGGUAGAAGAGAACCGCCGGGCAGAGUUUAGCCCGGCUCAGUUUGCUGGACCCAAAAAGAUAAGUCUGAACCACCUGCUCAACUUCACGUUUGAGCCACGAGGAAGCCAUUUUGGCUUUGGAGGCGAUGGCCAUUCCUGCUGGGGUCGCCGCAACAAGUGGGGUCACAAACACAAGCCCUUCAACAAAGAGCUUUUCCUACAGGCCAAUUGCCAGUUUGUGGUAAUUGAUGAUCAGGACUAUCAGGCCCACUUCACUGAUCCAGACACUCUGGUGGACUGGGAGUAUGUGCAGCAAGUGCGCAUCUACAGUCAUGAGGUGCCAUCAUGUCCAAUCUGCCUGUAUCCCCCCGUGGCGGCCCACAUGACACGCUGCGGCCACAUCUACUGUUGGCCGUGUAUGCUGCACUACCUCUCUUUGAGUGAGAAGAAUUGGUCCAAGUGCCCCAUUUGUUAUGAGGCCGUGCACAGUGUUGACCUCAAGAGUGUGGUUGCCAUGGAGACCCGUCAGUACGUGACCGGUGAUGUCAUCACCAUGCGUCUGAUGCGGAGAGAGAAAGGAUCGCUGGUGGCUCUUCCCAGCUCUCAAUGGAUUAAAGUGGAGGAGCCCAUACAUUUUGGAGAUGUGCAUUUGAGCUCCUACUCUAAGCUGCUGUUGGCGUCUCAGGAGCAGGUUUUGGGUUUUCUGGCUGAGGAGAGGAUGGCUCUGCAAACCCAACUCAACCAAGAGAAAGACGACCCACAGGCCUGUUUCAUACAAAGCGCCUUACUGCAGCUGCAGGAGCGAGAGGAGGGUCUGAAGUGUCGCCGUAAGAAUGGUGGCUCUGUUGAUGAGGUAGACGUGAAAAAACUGUCUCUUACUGAGCACUCUUCUCCAGAGGUGAUUUCAGUCAAGAGCUUCACUAACUCCAAGCCCAUCCUACAGUAUGCCUCUGCAUUUGAUGAUGAGAUUCAGGACCUCCACGAGGAGCCGGUGGAAGAGAUGCCUGCUCACAAUGUUCCUGAGGUGGCUGAAGAGAUUCCUGAAGGACCAGUGGAGGACAAACCUGUGGAAGACAACCCUCAGGCCAGUCAGAAUGAGACGGGCCCACAGCAGAACUCUCAUUAUGGCCCAUAUUACUACUUCUACCAAGCUGAGGACGGUCAGCAGAUGUUUCUGCACCCAGUGAACGUGCGCUGUCUGCAGAGAGAGUAUGGAAGCCUGGAGAACAGCCCCCAGUCUAUAACUGCUACUGUAGUGGAGAUUGAUGGACAGACUGUCACUGAGGAUAUUCGUCGCCGGCAUCGUUACCUCUCUCACCUACCACUCACGUGUGAGUUCAGCCUCUGUGAGCUUCAUCUUCAGCCACCGGUUCUCUCAAAAGAGACCCUGGACAGUUUCUCAGAUGACUUGGAGAAGCGGAAGCGUCUGAGGCAGAAGAAAGUGAGGGAUGAAAAGAGAAGAGAGAAGAGGAUUGAAAUGGAGGAAAACAGGAAACAGGGCAAAUAUCCAGAGGUGCACAUUGGGCUUGAGAACCUCCAGCAGUUUCCUGCUUUUGGAUCGCCACCGCAGUACAGCCCAAUAUUGCAGCCCCCGGAGUUCCUGCUGGGACCCCCCUCUCCUCUAAGCAGCAGCCCUUCCUCAGAAGGAAUUAUGUUCCCUUAUCUGAGUGAGCACAGUCCCUCCCUCAGUGUUGCCAGUGUGGUGGAAGAGGACUCUCACUGCAUGUCCUUUGCUCAGAUGCUGAAAGAUGGGAAAGCCCGUGUGGAUGCUGGGCCUAAAACCACCACAAAAAAAGAGAUGUUCCUGGCCCCUCCAUCAGCAGACAGUGAUGGAGAGAGUGACGGUUCUGAUCGGGUCCCGGUACCCAGUUUCCAGAACUCUUUCAGUCAGGCUUUUGAGGAGGCUUUGUCACAGCUGGACCAUGGAAAUCAGACACCAGCGCACCCUUUACCCGUCCCCGAGGAGAAAGGGGGGAAGAAGAAAAAGAAAAAGCAGAAGCUUCUGUUCAGCACCUCUAUGGUUCAUACAAAGUAAACGGCACUGAAGUUCACCCUUCACUCCUGUCACCUUCCAUAUUCCUUCCCAACUGAUUCUUGUUUCAUUAUGUCCCUUCAUAGACCUUAUUCACAGUAGCACCAUAUUUGAUUUGACGUAUAUGAAAACGAGGCUGUGAGGGGAUAGACUUAAAGUCUCUUUAACAGCAUCCAGUGUAUAAAUCUGUAUAAAGCUCCUAGAUCAUAUCUAAUUUCUCAGCAAUUCAUGUUUUCUGAACGUUUUUGACAAGUUUUUGGAAAGAUGUGUGUUUCAUUCGUUCAUCAGUGGAAUGAUCCAAAACACUGUAAACAACAGUACAACCCAUUGAAGAGACGUAAGUAUUUCUCACAGCCUCGUUGCUAUUCCCUUAAAAAAAUAAAAAUAAAGGAUGGUGCUACUGUUAAUAAAGUCAAUAGCAGCUCCUUUCCCCUCUUUUCAGGUUCAGUAACCUUCAAGAAGUUGCUAAAUUCAAUGGCAAUAGUGAUGAUGCACGUAAUAGACUCAGUAUUAGAGAUCAAUCCCCACAGUUGUCCUAACUGUCCAAGUAAUCAUUUAAAGAGCUCUACAUCUAGUAACAAUUGACAUGGCACUGUAGUUUUUGUGCCCAAAUUCCAUUAGAUAACACUUUCUGGAAUGUGGAUGGAGAAAACAUGGGAAUGGUUGUUGGUUUUGGUUUGCUAUGAUGUACUUUUGGGGGGUUUUGAGAGAGCAGUCAGCCAGCUGCAAAGACAUCCCCCUCCACACUCACACUUUAAACAUAUAUCUUGAGACUCUUUCAGAUACUACAACCCAAACAUUGGUGCUUUCAAUAUGGGAAUAAAGGAUUGUUAGUUGGCUGACAAAAAUUUGCAAAUGAUUUAAAACUAGGAGAAUAUGCUAAUUAAGAACCUGUGACAGGAUUUAUAUGGAUUUGAUCUAUUAUUGCUUUAUUCACAUGCACAUAAAAGUAUGCUGAUUUUAACACAUUCAUGCUUGGUUGUUACAUUUGUCUUGAGUUUUCUUCCUGCUGCUGCUUCACAAACUCUGCUCUAUUAUUCUCUGUCACACUGAAUUCAGCUGACUCUUACCAGCAAUUACCAUCUGCCCAACAUGAAAGUCUUGAUCGGUAAAUUACAAUAGCUGAAUACUUAGUGGGCCUUUAAGCAUUUGACUGUAUUAGAGCCUCCAACUAUGAGACAGUUCCAUAAUGUUCUAUAGUGUUCAAAAAUUAAAGAGGUGCUGAGUCCAGUGCUUGCUAUGGUUGAGUGAAUAAGAGAAUGUAAAGACAAAGAAAAGGCUUUGUAAAAUAGGUUGAGGGUUUAUUUUUUCUUUAUUUUCUUUUUUGAAAUCUGAAGAAAUCUGUGAUUUCAGAACCUGCAUACAGAAUAAUUUGGAAUGAAUAAAGGAUUAUGCACUGG